AUGACGAGAAGGAAGGUGAAACUUGCUUUCAUCAACAAUAACUCCUCGAGAAAAACAACCUACAAAAAAAGGAAGAGGGGCUUGCUCAAAAAAGCGCAUGAGAUAUUCACUUUAUGUGGGAUUAAUGCCGGGGCUAUCAUUUACAGUCCAUACGAUCCUACCCCUGAGGUGUGGCCCUCCGUUGAGGGUAUGAACCAAGUGAUUACUACUUUUCGUAACUUGCCGGAAAUUGACCGGCACAAUAAUAUGGUCAAUCAACAGGAGUUUGUCCAACAGAAGAUAACCAAAGCAGAUAAACUUUUGCUUAAGAAGAAGAAGGACAACAGGGAGGUUAACCUCACGGAAAAUAUGGUAAUGUUUGAAAGUAUUAUACGGUACCUUGGUAAUUCUAAUUUGUGUAUAUUAGAUCUUAACGAUCUAGGUUAUCUUGUUGACCAGUAUCUUAAGAGUCUUAAUCGCAUGAUUCAGAUUUUAGAAGGAGACUCGGAUGUGGAGAUCGGUGAAUCUUUAUACUCUGGAAUUUUUUUUUUUCCCUACGAUCCUACCCCUGAGAGGUGGCCCUCCGUUGAGGGUAUGAACCAAGUGAUUACUACUUAUCGGAACUUGCCGGAAAUUGAUUGGCACAAUAAUAUGUUCAAUCAACAGGAGUUUGUCCAACAGAGGAUAACCAAAGCCGAUAAACUUCUGCUUAUGAAGAAGAAGGACAACAGGGAGGGAUCUUAA